GCAAGGUAGUCGCGUUGCCAAUGGUUACCCAAUGCAGGAAGUAGGAAGUAGCCAAUGUAUACACCUUUUCGUGUUUAAAUAGCUCUCUAACUAACAGUAAUUUAUACGUGACUAGCGUUCUCUCAUAUGCUUUCGAAAUGAUCAGUCGUCGUAUGAACUAAGAAAGCGCUCAACAUAUGGUCCGUGGAUAACGUAUGACAAGUUGUGACACAGGUCAGUUGACAAGGUUCUCUCCAUGAGUCACAGUCGGAACCCCCCGCCCAGGGGACAGGGGGCAGCGCGAGCCAAACAGAUGGGGCUGCUCCUGGAUCUGUCUCCGGAUGGAGGGAUGGAUGGAGGAGGAAAUGAAAAAGAGCUGGAGGCGGAGCUACUGGCUCUGAUGGGCGGGGGCGGGUCCCAGGGCAAGAGAGGAAAAGCUCCAGUUCCCAUGGCUGACAUCGAGCGUAUGGCGGCUCUGUGUAUGAAGGACCUUGAUUAUGAUGAUGUUGGGGAUGAUGAUCUGGAGGAUGAUGAUGAUCUCCUGGCUGAGCUGAAUGAGGUUUUGGAGGACGAUGAUGAUGUUGAAGAGGUUCAGAAACCUCCCAGCUCUAACUCCACCCCCCGCUCCACCCCCAGCACUCCUAGUGGUACAACCGGGCUGGAGGCCUGCCUGGCUGAACGCAUUGACAUGUACCAGACAGCCAUCUCCAAUGCUAAUGCAGAGGGGGAGACCAGCAAGGCUCGCAGAUACGACCGCGGAUUGAAGACGUUGCAGUCCAUGAUGACGUCAGCCAAGAAAGGAAAACCCAUCAACGAAGAGGAAAUCCCGCCUCCUGUCGCUACAGGUGGAAAGCCUGCCCCAGCCCCCGUGCAGCAGCCUGAACCAAUCAAAGAGCGGGGGCCGCCAACCCCAGUGCUGACGCCCUCCCCGUUCACCAAUCAGAAGCCUCUGAGGGAGGCUCCGCCUGUUGCUCCGCCUCCUAAGCCCCGCCUCCUGGUCCCCCCUCAGAAACACACUGCUGUUACCCCGGAUACGCCUGCUAUCUCCCCACUCACCCCUAUUCAACCAGACGCACGGCACUCAGAGUUGAAGCAGUGUGUUCUAAACAGACAGAGGGAGUAUAAGCUGGCAGCCCUCCACGCCAAGCAGGGAGGAGAGUCAGAGCUGGCCAGACAACACUACCACAUCGCCAAGAAACUAGACCCAGUAGUAGAGGCGUUGGACAGAGGAGAACCAGUGGACCUCAGCUCUCUACCUCCCCCUCCAGGAGAUGCAGUGGUAGAGCGUUCAGCUCCUCCUCCUCCCCAGUCUUCCUCCAGACCCUCCCCUGCUGCUCCCCCUGCAGCUCCCCCGGUGGCCGACUCCGCCCUCCCAGCCCCAGGCAGUGUAGGGGAAGCGUUACAACAGAGGAUGGACAGAUACAAAGCUGCAGCAGAGGGGGCCAGGAGCAAAGGAGACGACCGCAAGGCACGCAUGCACCAGCGCAUCGUCAAGCAAUACCAGGAUGCCAUCAAGUCUCAUAAGGCUGGACGACCAGUCAACCUGGCUGAUCUUCCUGUACCACCAGGCUGUCCUCCGCUGCAGGGCUCAGAGAGCAGCCAGCAGAACUUCAUGGGCGUCCUGGAGACGGCCAUGAAACUAGCCAAUCAGGACGCAGACGCAGAGGACGAGGACGGAACAGGGACAUUGGCCAAGCCUGCAGUGGGAGCUCCAGUCCAGAAAGGCAAAUCCCCAACCCCUCCCACACCAGGUUCUGGAGGCAACACAACACAGGGCUCCAGACUGGGGCUUAAAGCCCAGCAGCAGUUGGACUUCCUGUUGCUGCGACGGCAGGCGUUCGUCCGGGCGGCGCUGCGUUCCAAACAGAUGAAGGACAUGCAGGGAGCGGCGGUCCAUCUCCGACACGCUAAAGGACUGGACCAGAUGAUCAGCGCCACCAAGGGAGGUCUGCCUGUAGACAUCACCAAGGUCCCCAGUGCUCCAGUCAGUGAGGAGGACUACUCUCUGGCUCGGACUCGUUCCUCUCCUCGCUCCUCAGAGCAAUACAGCAGCCUCAUGGAGCUCCUCCGACAGCAGCACCAGAAAUGUCUGGGUUACUCCCAGCAGUUCACUCACAUGGGAAGCGUGGCCGAGACCUCCAGGUUUGAGAAGCUGGCAGAGGAGUGUAUGCAGAACAUUGAGGUGCUGAAGAUGGCCCAUGCCAAGGGCCAACCUGUCCCCAAAUACCACACUGAGGAGAGGACCUUCAACACUGUCAAAAUGUAUCCUGACCUGACAGCCAAUGAGAUGACGCUGUACAUCGUGAAGGGCAUCAAUCUGCCUGCUCCCUCAGGAGUCUCUGCCAGUGAUCUGGACACCAGUGUGCGCUUUGAGUUUCCUUUUCCUAGUGCGGAGGAGGCCCAGAGGGAUAAGACCAGUACAGUGAAGAACAGCAACAGUCCAGAGUUUAAAGAGCAGUUUAACCUGAACAUCAACCGUCAACACAGAGGCUUCAAGAGGGUCAUCCAGGCCAAAGGCAUCAAGUUUGACGUCAUCCACAAGGGGGGUCUGUUCAAGGGGGACAGAGUGUUGGGGAACGCUCAGCUGAAGCUGGACUCACUGGAGAACCAAUGUGACAUCAGACAGAUUAUAGAGGUGUUGGAUGGUCGUAAGGCUACGGGGGGUAAGCUGGAGGUGAGGGUAAAGAUUCGGGAGCCGCUGGGAGGAGCACAGCUUCAGAUCACCACAGAGAAAUGGCUGGUCCUAGACCCUGUACCAAUCACCAGCCCCGACAGAGAGAGAGAACGACAGGCCCCCUCUCCUCGCUCCAAACCAAAGAGUGACAAUGGGAGGAACAAGCAGUCUAACCAGUCCAGCCACUCUCCUCCCCAGUAUAAACUCCACAGUUUCAGUCUACUGCACUACGAUAAGGAGAGACUGGAGAGACAGAUUGGUGAUUACAGGAAGAGUAGGCGGGAUCCUCCGUCUGACCUGGUACAGCAACACAAGGAGGUCACACACAGGCUGCAGUGGCAGAAAGCCCAGCUAGAGAGAGGCUCCCCUACACUACUGUCAGGUAACACACACACACACACACACACACACACACACACACACACACACACACACACACACACACACACACACAGGCUGCAGUGGCAGAAAGCCCAGCUAGAGAGAGGCUCCCCUACACUACUGUCAGAGUAUGAGAAUAUUUUGCAGCGUUUCGCCCAGGGACUUGCUGAGUCAGUGAAGAAGUUUUCCAGCCAAGGCAACAGGGAUGCUGCUAAGGACGCUCUAGGACGGCUGAAGAUGGUGGAGACUGAGUUGGAAUCUCUCAAGAGGAAACGCCUGGUCUGAGAAGACGAGGACAGAGGGACUAGAGAGUUGGCUGGAGGACUGUUAUGUUACUGACACACACAACCAAUCACCUUCAACAUCUUAAUGCCACUCCUCUGUUCCUCUCUGCCUCCUCCACUAAUGCUCUCCCUUUUACUCUGUUCUUUACUUUGUAUUGUCAUUAAUUCAAUCAGUUAGGAAGAAGAACCAGUUUGAAUAAUAACAGUUCUGCCUCCCAAAUGGCACCCUAUUCCCUAUAUAGUGCACUACUUUAGACCAGGGCCCAUAGGGACUAUAUAGGGAAUAGGGCACCAUUUGAGAUACACAGCAGAAUGGAAUCCUGUGAGAUUGAUAGUGACAUGAAGACAGAAUGCAGGGCAGGACAGAGAAAGGCUUAUUUGCACUUGAAAACAAAAACACUACCAAUUAUUACCAAAACCCUGCCGCCUUCACUAUAUUGUUUAAAGUCCUACAAGGGCUCUCUCUCUUUCUCUCUGUUCAGAGAGUGGUGUGUGUAACUCCUGGUCUCCACAUUGUGUGUGCGUGCGUGCGAUGUUAAUGAGCUUAAUCUAAUCUGUCUGCUCCACUAUUCCCGGAUUACUGUAAUCUGACCCGUUUGGUGCCGUGUGAUAUGGGAACUACACGGAAACGGGAACUACAUCCCAUAAUGAGGGAUUAGCUAACACUGGUGUCACCAUGGAGACGCAUCAUUCAGGGAAGUGAGGAGAGGAGGUACCCCAGGGGUUAAAUUGAAGAGGACAGGGUUAGAAUUCGUGUAGAACAGACCUAUAGCUGUAAAACCCACUGGAUUAUCUUUGAAUUGGGAUAUAGGUUCUCUAUUCAUUGUAAUUCUAUGGUACGGAGUCUGGGAGCCCGUUUAGGCCUGCGUCAUGUCACUAUGACCUCAUCAGUUAGAAUGUUCAAAGGAUUGCGUCAUCACCACAUUGUGAUGUCAUCAGUUAGAGGGUGUGUUCCUCUGUUCAGACGUUGCUGACGCCAGAUCUUACAACGCCUGGAUAGGUAUUUUACAUAUCAGCUAACCACAUCACAUGUUAAAGCAAUCUGGUGCACAGUUGAUGACGUGGCAGCAACCAGUGGUUGAUGCAUGUGACGUCUGAGCAGAGAGGCAACCAGAAUGUUUAACAAAGGAUCGCUUCAUCUGGUUGUGCUGCCAUCAGUUGGAAUGUUCUACAAAGGGCUACAUCCAAUUAUGACAUCAUCAAACUUCAUU